AUGAAUAUCAUAACUAAUUUUUUUAAACUCAAUCAUCGUUACAAUAAAAAGACACCAGAUAUAAUAUCAAUUGGUUGUCAAAAGCAAACAGAAACAACAAUUCCAAUAAAGAUCCAAUCAUCAACAAUAAAAACAAAAACAGCCGAUAGUGGUAAAAAACCACAAGCAUUAUCAUAUCAACAAUCAAACCAACCGUCAUUUCAUUUUCAAAUAAAUGCUGUUCUUAGUCGAUGGGAAAAGUUGAAAAAAGAAAAGGUAAAAUGUCAACAACAACAACAGCUAAUGCAAUGUAUUAAAGAAAAGAAAUCAACAGAAUAUGAUGAAUUCGAUCGAAUUAUGGAAGAAGAUCUUGGAAAUCAAUUACAAGAACUAGAACGACAAGAAGAAAAAUAUUAUAAACAAAUAGAAGUAACAUUAGAAGAACAAUUCAAACAAGAUAAUUAUAGCGAAGAAUUAGACGAUGGCGAAUUAGAACGAAUUUGUAUGGAACAACUUGAACCAGUUGAAGAGCAAAAUGAUAGAUAA